UCCCACGAUGAGGCUGAAGCUCCUCUUGGUGGUGGCGGCGGCGAUGGUGGGGACCAGCUCGGCAUUCUUCGAGGUGGAGACGGCUUCCUUGGUGCCACUCCUGACGCAGAUCCCGUACGUGGAGGAGAUACUAGGACUUUUCGAGCAACUGGGGCUGCCGAACCCGCUGGAGAAACUACCCGAGAAACUGUUCACCAAAAAACAAAUUUUGGGUAAACUUGGCUACGGCCUGGCAGCCACGGGCGUGGGCAUCAUUGAGAUCGCAUCCUUCAUCGGAUACAUCUUCAACUACCUGGAUAAGAUCGAGAAGGUCAACUUUGAGCAGCGGGAGGCAGCAGAGGCCAUGAAGGAGGCGAUGGAGGCGGCGGCGGAGGCCGAGGGGGGUGAAGGCGACGCCGAAGUGGCGGAAGGGUCAGAGCGGUUCUACUCGAUACUGCCCUACAGCGGCCCCACCUUGCCGGGCUCCAUCAAAGCCCGCCUCGCAAACCGCCGCAAGGCAACCGGCCAUCCACAGGCAACCCGCCGUGUGGACAGCCAGCACGCCCGCCGCCCCGUCCGCCGCCCCCUUCAGCCAAUCAUCCCCAACCAGCGCCGCUACCCUUCACGUAUGCACAAACAACGGCUGCUCAUGAACCGGCGUGCACAGACGCCCAUAACUGAUGCCGAGGUGAUGGGGCGGGCUGCGACAGUGGUCACGCCUGAGGGGGGCGGGGGGGUGAUGGGGCUGCUGGCCCAGACUGGAAAUCUGGUCUUGGAACUCGUGAAGAGAUUCUUCCUGAAGGACGUACAAGCGGGGUCGGUGGGAAGGGAGAUGAAGGACCUACUAGAGGAGGCGGCGGACACCCUGACGGAGGAGUUGAUGCAACAACUGGACCCUGACGGCUGUCUGCAGAAGCUGUUGUGCCACCUGCAGGAGAGGCCGAGCAUCAGCCUCACCCCCGAGGAGGGCGUGCUGGCCACAGUGUUCCCCCUCAGGUGGCCACACGCGCGGUGCGCCGCUGACCACUUCCAGCAGUGCGUCCUCAGUGUGGAGCAGCUCGAGGCGCUGCUGCCGCCGGCGCCCUCCAGGAACACCAACGCGAUACCCUGAGGCCCCACGCACCUGCCCAGCCACGCCCCGCCACUGCUGGGCUCCCCCCUCCCCAAAGCACCCCCGUCACCGCCAUCAGCCCCCGCCCUCACCCCGCACCACCCACCACCACCACCACCACGGCCCAGCCACCAGCGCCGCGGCCUGACACAACCUGACCUUAGCUCCCCCCCUCUGCCCCCCAUCCCCCUCAUCCAUCACAUCACGGGUACAGAGUGUGUGUGUGCGUGUGUGUGUGUGUGUGCGUUAGAGAGAGAGAGAGAGAGAGAGAGAGAGAGAGAGAGAGAGAGAGAGAGAGAGAGACUCGAUAUAAGCAGAAAAAUCAGUAUUUAUACGGUAUGGCGUUGCAAAUAUGAGCCAGCCAGCGAUGGCGGUGGCUGAGUGGUCAGCGUGCGGGCGCGGUGUCCUGCUGCAUGACUCGGGUUUAAGUCCCGUCCGCCACUGCAAGCUGACAAUUUUCAGUCGAGUGCCCGAAGGCAACCCACAUGCUGUCCUAAUGGCCAUCUAACAACCCGUACUCCAGCGAAACUCUCACAAAAGAAUCAAGUGGAGGUCCGAGAGACAUAAUGAGCCAAGCAAAAAUGACGCCACUAUAAAAUACCAUUAAUGGCCUGUGGGCGACCACCAGGCACCGUCAUGGCUACAGGCCCUACAUAAACAUAAAAUAUUACUAUUCGGCCAGCAGCAGCAGUACAGCUGUCCCGCACGGCGCUGCUCUGCUUCUCCCCCCCCCCCACCCACCCCCCACACACACUCACGGCCCCUGCCCUGCUGCUUGCCCUCAUCAGGCAAACAUUUCUUUGCCGCUACAAACUCCUCAGAUCUCUCGGGCCGGCACACGGCUGCCCACGGUGAGGGGUGAGUUGUUUUGCAAUGAAAACCCUGAGUGGGUAAUUGUGCGGGAAUAGAUCCUUUCAGCUGUUGUCCUCACCUCCAUAUGUGUCGUCAAAAUACCUACAAGACCUCAUUAAGAUUCAGUAAUGAACGACAGAAUGCAGGCAGUUUUCUUAAUAUUUUUAAUAAGUGAGAUACUCAAAUGUAAUCUCAUGAAGCCUUGAAAGAAAUGCAACACUCACCAAUGGAAGUUGUCCUUCAGCUGCGGGGAAUAAAGAGUUUGUGACAGAAGACGAUCUUUGCCGGGCAGGAGCAGGACAGCCGCACGUGCCGCGCCCUCAGACGGCACGUGAGUGGACCUGUAACACCAAACCGUAUGUGUGAAUGGUGUUGACUUUUUUUUUUUUAAAUUGACAUGUACAGAGCAAGUUGCGUGUGUGUAGAGGCGUGCCUCCCUAUUUAAAUGUAUAAAUCAUGUGUGUGUAAAUUAUUUGUAUGCAUCGCUCUUAAUAAAAAUGUUUGUAAACUGUGAAA